CCAGCUCAUGUUCGAGUCGUCGCUGCUGGCCUCGGGCUUCUCGCUUGAGGACCCGUCGCAGUUCUCGAACCGCAUCUACCGCAUGAUCAAGCUCGGCCUCAGCCUCGACGAUGACGAGGAGGCCGUUGCCGGCGAGGGCACCGACGCUCCUGCUCUGGAGGAGGUGACCGAGUCGAACAUGGAGGAGAUCGACUAAACUGCCCAAAACGCCUUUCUUACAUUAUCCCUUGAUGUCUUCUAAAAAUAGUAUCUCGAUAUCUGGCAGCGAUGGUGCAUCAUGUCCCGGUUAGAACAGCCGGCUACCUGCUGGUCACUUGCGAUGCUGGCGCAAAGCUGGCAUGCCUUCCCUCAACUACCAAGCAGAAAGGAUAAUUGCCGUCUUGCUGAAAAAAUUUCAGUCUAUUAAUAGGGCAGUGUCUAGAGCUCUGCUCCCAGGCGUAUGCGCCUUCGACGUCACAGCUUGCUGCUGCCGGCGACAGCGGCGGCGGCGACGAUGGCAGAGCGAUCUGGUGACAGCACGCAGUUGAGGUGCUUUCUCGCGCGCCCUCUCCUCUUUUCUCUUCUCCACGUUAAACCAUUCUGCCUUAUUUUCUAUUCCAGUCGCUUCUCUCGCCAAGAGCAUUCUAAAAUUCAAAUGAACAGCCGCAAAAAGCACAGAUACAGCAUUUUCUCAGACAAGGACCUGCGGGUCGUCAAGGACAGGUACAUCGACCCGCGAGUGGAUGUGACGGCAGUGACGUCUGAGCCGACGCAGAAGCUGCUGGCAGUCGGCUACAGCAACGGCAGCAUCAAGCUGUUCUCCCCCAAAUACCCGUCGGCCAGCCGCCUGCAGACAAAGCGCACUGACGGAAUCCAAUUCCUCUGCUUUGUGCCAAACACACCGGCGCUGGCGGCCAUCGACACCCAGGGCGUCCUGUGGGCAUUCGACACAGACACGCUGAGCGUGUGCUACGCGUACAAGCUGCCGAGCCUGCCCACAGCCAUGUCGGUUCUGCAGGGCACGGGCUGGCUGAUGGUGGGCAGCGAGAACGGGCGCGUGUACUUUGUGGAUCUGGCCAACGGCAAGAAAUCCGACUACUCGAUUGCCUGCUAUGCGCUGUCGCCCAACAUCCCCGUGGCCAGCGUCGAGUCGCACCCGCUUGACAGCGACCGCAUCCUGGUUGCGUAUGCGGAUGGCGGGUGCAUCGUGUGGGAGCUGCGGGGGUUUGAGGCAAGCGAGAAGGAGUCGAUCAAGGAGGGGUUUGUUUUUGACCACCCCAGCAGCCUGAAGCGCUCGGUGCGUGUGCCGUCGGGCAUCAUGGAGCCGGGCUCGUCGGCGAUGCCGCGGGUGGGCAGCGUGCAGCUGGUGGAGCCGCGGUUGACGGGUGCCAGCUGGGCGCCGUCUGGCAGCCAGUUUGCAGCAGUGUACGACAACGGCGUCGUGUGUGUGUUCAGCAUCGGCGACGGGCCGCAGCCGGCGGUGGCGCGAACGAUCGAGCACGCUGAUAUCCUGGCCGGUCAGAUCAGCAACCGGGACAUCAGCGCUCCUCUGCGGUGUCUGGGUAACGUGCGGUGGUGCACCCACGCCCACCUGAACCAGUCGUUCCUGGUGGUGUGCUCGGGGUCGUCGGUCACGUUCAAGCAGCUCGUGCAUACCCUGGCCACGGGCGACCAGGCUGGCCACAUCAAGAGUGGGCGUGAUGUGCGGCCCCUUGAGCGCUACGAGAUCGACUCGUCGAUGAUGGCAUUGGCACCGCUGCCGCUGCGGUCGCCAUGGCGCAGCGGUAAUGACGGCGUCCAUGGCCUUGCCAUUACUAUUGGGCGGCCCAGCGCUGUGCGCGUGCUGACCGUCGACUCGGCCCUGCGGAUUGCUCGGUCAACCAGGCUGCCGGGCGAGCUCUCAUGGUGCUCGACGCCUGCAACGGUCGCGCGUAGUGCCAAGGGCACGCUCAACCUGUCCCUGUUUGAUGCGCUGCCAAACACCAUUGGCGACGGUCUGUUUGGACCGGAUGGCGGCGCGUCGGAGCGCGGACUGUCGCCAGGCGACAUGACCAAUGGGCUGAGCCAGCUUUUAUGCUGUGCUGACACGUCUGGGCAUGUGUCGCUGUGGUGCUCGUACUCGCACGACCUCGAGCGAUGCAUUGGGGUGUGCAUGAACUACAAGUACGUGGCGAGGCUGCUGGGCAUCGAAGGUGAGAUCACGUCGAUGGAUCUAUACGCAAGCAGCGGAAUGUUGGCCGUGGGUACUGGUAGCGGCGAGACGCUACUGUGUGUGAUUACUGAGGAUCCGCGCAUCGUGCUGUCAAAGAAGCAAACGCCGCUCGAGGAGCUGCGGGAGCUAUCGCUGGUGUACUACCUGGAUGCACAAGUCAUGAUUGAUCAGGCCAUGAAGGCCAGCAUCCAGGAAGAAGACGAGGAGGAGCUGCAGCUGACCACCGAUGAGACAGUGUCGCCGUCGGAGACUGUGUCCAAGCCGUCUGAUACUAGCGAAGGGUCUAUGAAAGAAAACGACAGGGCGUGCAAAGAGCAAGAUGAGGCCCUUGACCAGCAAGACAAGGCGCAGGAGCCCGAUGGAGGUACCCAAGAGCUAAUUGAUAUCCCGCUUUCGCCUGCGAGUUCCAAGCACAGCUCCACCACCAGCUCUCGCCGUAGCUCCAGGCGCAGCUCGCUCUUGAACAGCGCCACCGGGCUGGGCUCGCGCAUGACCCUGCAUGUCCGGCAGCGGUCCGGGUCCCUGCACGAGGGCCGACUCACCCGCCGCCUGUCAAAGUUUGUUGGCCGCCACACCUCCCUCCCUGGCGAACUGCCUGAAGAGGACAAACUCGCUGGAAUUGUUGCUGCCGGACUUGGCGCUGUUGACGAGUCGCAGGAGCUGGGCAGCGGUCUGGCGGCUGCAAUGGGAAUGCCGUCGCGGCCCAUGGUGAUUGACAGCACGGUUUGGGCAGCACGGCGCACCAGGAUCAACACGGAGAUGUCAGAAAUGGUCCAUGGGCUGCGGUUCUCGGCGACUGAGCGCGAGAUGGUGUCUGACAUUGGGUUGCCAAACAAGCCAACCAGAGCAAACAUGCCGAAUAGCCCAUUGGGAUCGGACGACUCGCCCAUGUCGCCUGGGCUGGAGCAACAGACGCCGGUGAUUCUGCCGUUCAUGCUUGCGCGGUUCCACAAGCGGCGCAUCAUCGAUGUCAUCGCUGGCUACGAUGGUGUCGUGGCAGUUAUAUACGAAGGCGGGGUCGUGGUAGUUGUCGACUGCGUGAAUCAAGCUGUGCUUCUGGCGGACAACCUGAAUUUCGAGCCACAGGCAGACCAAAAUGUGCGCGAUAUCUUUGGCAUGGCCAACCUGGGCAAAAAGACAACCAAGAUCCCAGAGCAUAUCACUGCCGCCAAUAUUGUGCGGCUGCCGGUCCGCGCCAGCGGCAGCAAGGAGGCGGCGGGCAGCUCAGGUGCUGGGAGCGACGAUCAUCUGAUUAUUGGCACAUCGCGCGGCAACGUGUCGCUUUACUCAAUCUACGGCACGCUGCCGCCGCAGGCCAAGCAGUGGGCGGGUAGUGGUGAGAUCAUCUACCUGGAGGUCGCAAGCCUGGAGCCGUCUGUUCUGGAGGAGGACCCAGAGCUGCCACCCCACCUGCUGAUUGUGGCCACGCGCAAGCAGAUCACGAGCCAUGCAGGCUUCACAUCGCUGCCCCUGGCGACGCAUUCGGCGCCAGUCGGCAGCCAGUUCGUCAAGGUGCGUGCAGUCAAGCUGCACACGGGCUGGCACGGGCUUGUGGCCAUCGACAGCCACGGCAAUGCGUCACUUCUGUCAAUCCACAAUCUGAGCUGCGAUGCCACGCAUGCAAUCCCGGGCGCCAAGGAGAUGAUCGGCAGCUGUGAUAUCCAAAUCAACUCGCACGGACACAUUUCGUUGCUUGGCCCGCAUGCGCUGCUGCUGCAGGCAUCGGUGGUGGAUGGGUUCAGUGUUGGUGCCGGGUUUGACGAUUCUACUGGCCGCUCGAUGUUCGACCAGACUGCCAAGGCCCCAGAGCGGCCGGUGCGGCCAGCAUCGCUGGCGUCAUGGUUUGGUAGCAUGGUGGCCACGCCUAAAACCCCUGAGGAGGUCAGCGGAAUGCUCGACAGCCACCACCGCGACUUGCUGCGGAUGGGCGGCACUCAGCCCGGUGCCCGUCUGCACAAGCCCCCAGCGGCCCUAGGCCGCACAUCUACUGUGCACUCGGCCAGCGGUCGACCAGCAGGUAAUCGCAAAGGGCUGGGCCGGUCAGCAACGAUACACGGAGCGACAGACACGGCAGGGUUCUCGCAGACGCGCAAUAUGAUGGAGAAGCGCGGACAGAUGCUGGAGGAUUUGGGGCAGAAGAUGGAGCGGAACGCGCAGCAGUCAGCAAGCUUCCUGCAGGAAAUCAAGGCGUACAAUGCGCAGCAGGAGGCUAACAAGAAGAAGCGGUUUGGGCUGUUCUGAAAGCUUUAUAUUUAAAAGUGCUUAAUAUGACAUCAUUAGGUGGCGACUGCAAUAGCCUCAUUGAAUUGUUCUGUUCUGUAAUUCCGGGCUACAGUCAUUGGCUAUAUGAUUGGUGACGACGCCUGGCCCGGCUGCCACGCAAUACACACAAUGUAUCUUUUGUCGACAGCGAUACAGUAUUAGAUGUGUACGUAUGCUUGCCUCUCGUUCUAGUUUUCCGUUGUAGGUAUAGGCUUCAAGACCUCUCCC